AUGACUUCUUACCUUGAUGCUUCUACUGCUAAUGCCGUUCUGAAAGAGUACGGUCGUCGUGAUGGUCUUUCUGUUGAAGCCCUCAUGGAUGAACAAUUGAGUGGUGGUUUGACCUACAAUGAUUUCUUGGUCUUGCCUGGCUUCAUUGACUUUGCCGCCGAAAAGACUUCUUUGGAAUCCAAGAUUACCAAGAAGAUCUCUCUCAAGACUCCCUUCUUGUCCUCUCCUAUGGACACCGUCACUGAGGCUGAGAUGGCUAUCUCCAUGGCACUCUUGGGUGGUAUUGGUAUUAUCCAUCACAACUGUACUGCUGAGGAUCAAGCCAACAUGGUUCGUUCCGUCAAGAAGUUUGAGAACGGUUUCAUCAACGACCCUGUUGUUUUGUCUCCCGAGAACACUGUUGCUGAUGUCAAGGAGAUCAAGGCUACUUCAGGUUUCUGUGGUGUCCCUGUUACUGAGAACGGCAAGUUGCAUAGCAAGUUGGUUGGUAUCGUAACUGCUCGUGAUAUCCAAUUCCACGCUCAGGAUGAAACUCCUCUCAAGGACAUCAUGACCACUGAGCUCGUUGUUGGUCAAGAAGGCAUCACCUUGAGUGAAGCCAAUGAUAUCUUGUGCUCCUCCAAGAAGGGUAAACUUCCUAUUGUCAAUGCUGAGGGUGCUCUUGUUGCUCUCUUGUCUCGCUCUGAUCUCCUCAAGAACCAAUCUUACCCCAACGCCUCCAAGGGUUCCAAGUCCAAGCAAUUGUUGGUCGGUGCUGCUAUUGGUACUCGUCCUGAUGACAAGGAUCGUCUUACCUUGUUGGUUGAAGCUGGUCUUGAUGUUGUUGUCCUCGAUUCCUCUCAAGGUAACUCUGUCUAUCAACUCGAAAUGAUCUCUUGGAUCAAGAAGACCUUCCCCAACUUGGAAGUCAUUGCUGGUAACGUGGUUACUCGUGAACAAGCUGCCAACUUGAUCGAAGCUGGUGCUGAUGGUAUCCGUAUUGGUAUGGGCUCUGGUUCUAUCUGUAUCACUCAAGAAGUCAUGGCUUGUGGUCGUCCUCAAGCUACCGCCGUCUACCGCGUCUCUGAAUUCUGUCGUCGCUUUGGUGUCCCUACCAUUGCUGACGGUGGUGUUGGUAACGUCGGUCAUAUUGUCAAGGCUUUGGCUUUGGGUGCUAGUGCUGUCAUGAUGGGUGGUCUCCUUGCUGGUACCACUGAGACUCCUGGUGAGUACUUUUACCACGAAGGUCAACGUCUCAAGCGCUACCGUGGUAUGGGUUCCAUUGAUGCCAUGAACAACAAGUCUGGCGGUAAGGAAGGUAAUGCCGCUACCAAGCGUUAUUUCUCUGAAGGUGAUGCUGUCAAGGUUGCCCAAGGUGUUGUUGGUAAUGUUGUUGACAAGGGCUCCGUUCGUAAGUUCAUUCAGUACCUUGUCACUGGUGUUCAACACUCUCUCCAAGAUAUUGGUUACAGCAGUGUUGCUUCCAUGAAGCAAGCUGUCUAUGAUGGUGAAGUGCGUUUCGAAAAGAGAACUGCCGCUGCUCAAAUGGAAGGUGGUGUUCACGGUCUCCACUCUUUCGAGAAGAAGCUCUUCUCUGCUUAA